AUUCAAAGUGCGACAUUGAUUCCCAAAUCGUGUGUCGUGACGUCGCGUCGUAUGCGCGCUUGAAUUUUCACCGUCGUGUUUGCCCAUCCAACAUCAACGAAACGCGCAUCUCAGCACUUCCAACCCGCUGCCCACCGCCCCGCACUAACACAAGCACACAAAAUCCCCAAAAAUGGCAGGACCAUCAGGCAUUGUCGACCCAGCAAUCUUCCAGAGCCUGCAGUCGCGCAUCGACGAAGACUCGGCUGUCCGCGAUGAACUCAAAGACAUCAUUUCCGCGCUUGAGAAGCACAACCGCAAUGUGUCGUUUGUGCUGUCGAGGGCGCAUUCGACGCCUGUCGCUAAUCUCGACGACGUCCUGAAAGCUGCCGAGGAACCUAUCAAGAAUGUCGUGGAAACAGUCUCGAAGCUCUCCCAGGCUGCGUCUAAGCUACCCUACUACAAGUUCAACAACAUGUGGUCCCGACAAAUGCAGGGCGCGAUAGAAGGUUUGUUGUUCUGGGGCUGGCUGGGUGGCUACAAGCACGAGGGUGGUGAGCCAAAGUGUGGACGGCUUUUGACGAUUGAAGAGCUGGGCGAGAUUCUGAACAUUCCUGUCAACCUCAAGGAACGCGACGAGUUCCAUCUCACGCUCGAAGAGUACCUGCAGUCGCUCAUCUCGCUCGUCGAGGAGCUAACACGUCUCGCUCGUAACGCAGUCACGCUUGGCGACUACGAGCGUCCCCUGCUCAUCAACCAGUUCGUCAAGGAUCUGUUUGCGGGAUUUCAGAUUCUCAACCUCAAGAACGACAGUUUGCGUCGCCGCAGCGAUGGGCUCAAGUACAGGGUCAAGGAUGUGGAAGAUGUUGUGUAUGAUUUGUCGCUGAGGAACUUGGUGCCGAAGAAGGGCGGGCAAGAGGGCGAGGUCAAGCUGGAGCAAUAGGAAUGGUGCAGCUGACUCGAGCGAGCCGAAUGGGCAUGUGUGGCGAGAACAGAAUGCUCAUAGAUGAGCACAGAAUUCAAUCAAAGACAUUUGAUGAUGAC